AUGGCUGGCAAUACUAGCUACUUGGUGGAGGCUCCGUCACCGGCGACCAUGGCAGCGGAGGAGACUGACAGUGGAAGUGGAACCCCACGCAUAGAGAAUCUCAAAAGUCCGGGUCGAGGUGAACUAUAUACGGGUCGGAUUAAUAACAACUUUAAAGGAUCCCACGAUAAAAGAAGAAGGAUAUUGACGCCGAUUCCUGAGUCGUCCAAGGAAAACCAGAUGGUGUCUUCAUGUCAGCCCACUAUCGAUCUAAAUCAAGUUCCGCUUCCAUCUCAAAUCUCGCUCCCGGAAUCGGACGACGAGUCACAAUCAACAUUAUCUUUGGAAAUCAGGAACACGGUGGAGGUUGGUAAAAUGUUGGGCUUCGAUAUGUAA